AUGACUGCACGGGUGUUGCUCCUUGCUAGCCUUUUUUUGCCAACGCAAGGAGCCGCCGUCAGGGCAGCGUCCGCCGAGGACAUUCAGGCCUACGAGGCUUUUCGGAGCCAGUUCGGGCGUCAAGAUGCCAGGGACUACCAGCAAAGGCUUGUUUUUUUCAUGCAGCGGCGAGCGGAGGUGGAUGCGCAAAAUGCCAAGGGCACGUGGCGGGCAAAGGUGAACAAGUUUGCGGACAUGACAGACCUCGAGUACCAGGAGCUGCUGGGCUACCGGAAGCCCAGGAGAAGCCCGCUGAUGAGAUCCGGGACCUCCCUGCUGCAGCUGGGGUCCGGCGGCUUUGGCGGCGUGGCGCGGAGCCGGGACUGGCGGAAAGCGUUGGCCUCGGGCGGCCCCGAGUUUCUGCGAACGCAGGGGGGCUGUGGGUCUUGCUGGGCAGUGGCCGCCGCCGGCGCUCUGGAGAUGCACGCGGAGAUUGCGGAGGCAGACGCGCCUUCGCACAACGCAUCCGAGGCGCCCGCGGCGCCCGCGGCGGCGCGGCGGCUGAGCGUGGGGCAGGUGCUGCGGUGCACGCCGAACCCACGGCACUGCGGCGGCGAGGGCGGGUGCAGCGGUGCCACGGCGGAGCUUGCCUUCGCCUUUGUGGCUCGCUAUGGGGUCGUUGCCGAGGCCGAUUGGGAGCCGGACGGAGACGACAGCGGAGACCACCGCGAAAUCGAAGUGAAGGACGAGAUGUCCGGGUUGCGUGGGCGCUGCGCAGCUCGGCCGGCGCUCCGCACCACGGGCUUCGUCAAACUGCCACAGAAUCAGCUUUGGCCGCUGCUUGCAGCCGUCUCCGAGAAAGGUCCCGUGGUGGUGUCUGUGGAUGCUGAGCCAUGGACUAUAUAUGAUUCAGGGGUCUUCAACGGUUGCAAGCAAGAUGCGACUAUCAACCAUGCGGUUCUCUUAGUCGGCUAUGGUGAGUGCACGGAAGGGAAGUAUUGGCUGAUCCGGAAUUCGUGGGGCAACGACUGGGGCGAGAACGGCUACAUGCGGCUCCUGCGGCAUGAUGGCGACGAGGGUCACAAUGGCUAUUGUGGCACUGACCGUGACCCGAAGGUGGGGGUGGGCUGUGACGGCGGCCCGGCGACAUUACCAGUGUGCGGCAUGUGCGGCAUCCUCUCAGACUCUAGCUACCCGAAGCUCUGA